CUUGGGGCGGCGCGGACGACUGAAGGGAAUUGGUGUUGGAGGCGGCGGAGGCGGCGGGCUUUACUCUGCCCCCCUGCAGGGGCUCCGGGCCGCGCUCCGCUGCUCGCCGCUGGGAGUUGUCGGAGGAGGAGGGGCCGGCGAGGCCGCCGCGGCCCGAGUCUGCGGCCCGUCAGCGCCGCCCGGGUGGGCGCGUGCCCCGACGGGGCGCGCGGGGCCGGCGAGGAGGCGCGGGCAGCGGGACGCAGGCUGCUUUCCUGUUGCAUCUUUGAUACCGUUUCCUAGACUCUGCUCUAUGAUUUAAUUUGGAAUUCUGAAAUGAAGAUGGAGGAGGCAGUGGGAAAAGUAGAAGAACUCAUUGAAUCUGCAGCCCCACCAAAAACAUCUGAACAAGAGACAGUCAAGGAAGAAGAUGGUUCUGUAGAACUGGAAUCUCAAGUCCCGAAAGAUGGUGUAGCUGACUCUACAGUUCUUUCUUCAAUGCCCUGUUUGCUGAUGGAACUGAGAAGGGACUCUUCAGAGUCUCAGUUAGCAUCUACAGAGAGUGACAAGCCCGCAACUGGCCGAGUUUAUGAGAGUGACUCUUCUAAUCAUUGCAUGCUUUCCCCUUCCUCUAGUGGUCACUUGGCUGAUUCAGAUACGUUGUCUUCUGUAGAAGAGAAUGAACCCUCUCAAGCAGAAACAACAGUAGAAGGAGAUACUUCAGGAGUGCCUGGUGCCACUGUUGGGCGUAAGUCUAGGCGGUCCCGUUCUGAAAGUGAAACAUCUACUAUGGCUGCCAAGAAAAACCGGCAAUCUAGUGAUAAGCAGAAUGGCCGAGUCACCAAGGUUAAAGGUCAUCGGAGCCAAAAGCACAAGGAGAGGAUCAGACUACUGAGGCAGAAGCGGGAGGCUGCUGCAAGGAAGAAGUACAACCUGCUGCAGGACAGUAGUACCAGCGAUAGUGACCUGACUUGUGACUCAAGCACGAGCUCGUCAGAUGAUGAUGAAGAGGUUUCAGGGAGCAGCAAGACAAUCACUGCAGAGAUACCAGAUGGACCUCCAGUUGUAGCUCAUUAUGAUAUGUCUGACACCAGCUCUGACCCAGAAGUGAUAAAUGUGGACAAUUUAUUGGCGGCUGCAGUAGUUCAAGAGCACAGUAAUUCAGUAGGCGGCCAGAACACAGGAGCUACCUGGAGGACCAGCGAGCUUCUAGAGGCAGGUCAUUUGGAUCCAGGAUUUCUAACAAGUGACAAAACGUCUGUUGGCAAUGCACCACUUAAUGAAGAAAUUAAUAUUGCCUCUUCAGAUAGUGAAGUGGAGAUUGUGGGUGUUCAGGAACAUGCAAGGUGUGCUCAUCCCCGAGGAGGUGUGAUCCAGAGUGUUUCUUCCUGGAAGCAUGGCUCCGGCACGCAGUAUGUCGGCUCCCGGCAAACACAGUCAUGGACUGCUGUGACUCCCCAGCAGACGUGGGCUUCACCAGCAGAAGUUGUUGACCUCACCUUGGACGAGGACAGCAGACGUAAAUACCUACUGUAAUGCAAUGCCACUGUUUCUCUGCACUGUUCCUUCCACUUCCUCCUCUGUGUGACAUGGAAGUUCAUUAUCAUAGCUUCAGCUUCAAAAGCUGUGUGUGGCAUUUGUGAAAUUGAAAUUCAUGGUAAAACCCCCCCCCCUUUUUAUUAAAGCAGUUCACUUAGGAAAAUGACUUAUCACAGAGAAAUACUUCCUUUCCUCAAUAAGCAUAUGAGAAUGGGGAUCGUAUUAGACAGCUUCGUUUUGCUCGGUGACUUAGUGUAGAGUCGCCCUCCACUAGAACAAUAUUUUACUUACUAGGCAAAAGGAAUUUCAGGUUUUGAAUCUUAUAUUUAUUUUUCUGUAUAAUGAAAUUAAUAUCUAGAUGUGACCACUCUCUGUCUGCCUCGUUGUCACUCCUACCCUAGGGCAUUUGCGCACAUACCAGUCAGGUCCUCCUCGUUGGCACUUGGUAGAGCGUGUGCACUUAGAAACCCUUCCUUAAUCGUGGAGGACAGAAGUAUUAUAACGUAUGUUUUUUCUUUAGCUUACUUCUUCUGCCUUCUUUGUCAAUUUCCCAUCACACAGAUAUUUGAAAUGCCCCCUUUUAUUUCCAAAUACUAUUAAGGGGGACUCAGUUGGUCUCUUUGUUGCAAUAAUUCAUAAUUCUUUGAGAUUUUCUGGAUAUCCGAAGAGUGCAUUGAGAGAUCAGUAAGAAAUCUGUAUCUCUCAUCUUUUUCCUCCUGGUUUAUUCAAACAGUAAGCAAACAUGUAAACCUGUCAUCUGAGUAGGAAGAGUAUAAAAGGCUGCAUGGCAUCUAAGUCUGUAGGCACUUGCAAAUCUUCGAGGAACGUGCCUUUUCUUACAGCUGGUUGCCCCAGAGAGGGUGUGUGUCAACUGUUAACUGGACCCCAUGCUGUGUUUAGGUAGUUUUCUUCUCUGCCUUCUAAAAAUAUGUAUACAAGAGAAAUCAAAAUAUACCAUAAGAAAUCAGAUGCAAAGCACAUUGAUAGUACUGUGAGUCUUACCGCAUCUGAAAGGAUUAGCAAAGGGUAAUAGAAACUUCAGGGAAUUUAGGAAAUGCCAGCUGAGGAAAUCUGUGGCAUUAGUUACUACCUUUUUUCCUGUAAUAUUGUAGUUACUAGUGAGGUUCUUUUAAAAAGCAAUACCUAGAAUUAGAACACUGUGUAUUGUGCACAGGGGGGAGUGAAGUGAUAUUGGCUCAGAAGACUCAUGGUUUUUUUGCUUUUGUUUUCAUUGUUUCAUGCAGUGUUGCUAUGUCCUUUUGCCUCCCUCCUCAAAUGCUUUGGUGGUUCUUCCUGGUUAUAGGAUGAGACCUGCCAUUUUCAGUCCGUGUACACACACACUGACCAGGGACCUCCUCUGCAGGGUGGAUGCGGUGGAGGCCCUGAGAGGAAUGAGACACAGCCUGCCUGCAUGCUCAUGCAUGAGUCCGCCUGGCUCCAUCUGCCUGGCAUUUCCUUUUCUCGUACAUAAAGACAACUGUAUUCAUUUAUUCUCCUUGUUACUUCAGUUCUUUUAUAGAUUCCUUCUGUAGGUAUGUAUUUGAGCAUGUGUUCUUUGAUCUUUUCUGGUAGUAUCUCAUUUGAUCUGCUCACCAACUUUUCAUUUUUUUUCUUCAGUCUACUACUAAUUAGGCUUUAAAAAUCAUGAAUCUCCAGUUUUAGUACAUCAUUUAUCACUCUCACCUGGCCACAAUCCUAGAUAGAAACCAAAGACCCAGAGGCCAGAGCGAAACAGAACUUCUGAAAAUUCACUGCUGGUAUAUCUUUGGACCUUCAUAUCUUGCUUUAGGAUAAUUUAUUGAGUUUUACUGUUACACAUUUUUUUUUUUUUACUUGAAUUAAAAUACUCAACAAAGGAGAAACAUAAUUUCUGGUCUAUGUUUUCCAGAAAAUCAUUGGUAAGAGAAUAUAGUGGAGUGUAUAACUUGAAGUUUUUGCAGCUUAUAUCUCCCCCCGUAUCAGGGCACAGCCCCAUUUUAAAGAAUGUUUUUGCAUUACUUAUUUUCAUGUUAAUAAUGUUUUGUUCAAGUCUGUACAGCAGGUAUUUCCCUUGACAUCUUUAGUCUCUUUAGUCAUCCCCUAUCUUUGGGUGCACUGUGGACUGGAGGCAGAAUGGAGUUGCAGCCAAGCUCUUUUCUGGCCUUUUCUCUUAGGUUGCACAAACAAAUAUCUACUCCUGAUACCUAACCCUAACUACUUGACGAACAGAAAGUUAGACAUUAAUAUUCACGGAAGUGAAUGGAUGUUGGAGGAAGCCUGCUCUCUCUAGCAAGUAUGGGACUUUCCCAUCUAAUAACUAAUUAAGAGGGCAUUUGAACUGUUAUUGCUACAUCCAGGAGAGUGGAAAUGUGGUUUCUGGCAAGUGUUAAUCAAAUUUUGUGACAUACAAUUCUUGUAACAUUUGAAAUUUCUUUAAAAGUAUUGUUUCCUAAUCAAACUUUAACAUUUGGUACCAUAAGUAGUUCUUUAUGCUUUGCCAAGACACUGUUUGAGGGAUUCAGUGGAAUCAUAAAUUGGUUUAUGCCACAAAUGUGAUUAAUUCCUUUCCCCUCCAAUUUGAGAAACCAGGAGCAGAAACCUGGCUGUUUGUCCCCGUGGCAGCUCUGUAGUGCAACUUCUGCCCUUCAUAGUUGUCUGCUCCUGUAGAGCAGUGGUUCUCCAGCUGUGGGUCAUGACCCCUUUGGGGGUUGAGUGAUCCUUUCACAGGGGUUGCAGCAUUAGGAAGGUUGAGAACCACUGAUGGAGACUAACUGGAUGCUGUCAGUGUGAGAGCGCAACCGUAGCAUGCUUUUGUCAGCACAGUUACAAGCAUGACCUGCCUGGCUUGCUGGUUUAGUAAUUUGUUCAUCUACUGUUAGCAGAUUAACACCGUGAGCAACUUAAAACAGAUCUGUUGCCUCCUAUUUUGUGCUGUGUCAUAAGGCUUGCAAAAGCCUGGGACACAAUUUUGUUUUAUUUUUGACUUCUCUCUCUCUCUCUCUCUCUCUCUCUCUCUCUCUCUCUUAAGGCAAAGAGCCGAGCCCCAAUUCCUGUUCUCCCGUAUGUGUGUGAUUUGACUUCCAUGUGUAUAUAAAACUAUUGCACCCUAACCAAACUUCCUCAGACUGUGCACUGUUUGUUUAAAGUAAUCACGUAUUUUAGUUCAAUGCUGUUGUAUUUUUUUUCUUUUUAUUUAAAACACUACUUAUUCUCUAACAAAUUUCAAAGGGUAGUGAUCUUAAAAAAAUCACUGGAAACUAGGAAAUGUUUUUGUUGUUGCUUUGUUCUUUAAAGAGUGCAAAGGUCAUUGUAUCUUUGGCUCUUCUUACCUUGAACAUGAAUCGUCAGCCAUUGUGUGGCUAGGAACCAGUGCACUUGGCGUUAGCAGAUCUGCUGUUGCUGGGACUGAGCGCGACUUGAUGCAGUGACGACAAAUCAUUGCAUAGAAGUAAUGUUUUCCCAAUGUGCAACUCAAGUUUGUAAGAUGAAAUCUGCUUCUUUACAUCAUUAUUUAGUUUUUGUUUCCAUUUAGUAUUUAAUGGUCUUUGGAGAAAAAAAAUAAACAGAGUGUUAUAUAUAUAUUUUUUGGUGCAAGAUAAGAUUUUGUUUUUUGAAAUAAGUCUGUAGCAUAAAGGUUAAACUAUUUUAAGACAAAAAUAAAAAUAGAGUGUAUUUAAACCAUA